AUGUUGAGUAUCUCAGAAGUCAGGAGGCAGCCAAAAAAAAGAAAGAAGGAGGUUGUAAAUGGGAAGAGGAUAAAUGGUGGACAACUCGUAAUGAAACAGAAGAGGCUGAGUACUUAUUUCAAGAAACGUCGUUUGGAGGAUGAUGAUAGGAUCAAGGAACUUACUGACCGAGUAGAGCGGCUAGAGAAGUUGGUAGAGAUACUAACGAAGAAACUUCGUAGGAGGAAGAGGUCAGGGUUCACCCCUAGGAAGGAUGUUUUUCUCAGUUUACAUGGGAAGAAGAGAAAAAUUGGAAAAAAUCCUGACUUUAGUGGGGACCACACAAGGUAUGAUGAUGAUAGCCGUCGUGCAGAAGGUUUCAUAGGUGGAAGUCCUGCAUUUGAUGUUGGUGAGGGGAGUGCUCCUGAUUUGGUAGCAGAAGAUUUAGGGGCACAUGCACGAAACUUGAAAGAUGAGAGUAGUCGAGAUGAAGAGCCUGUGGAUGAUAUGGCAAUAGGGGUUGAGCCUAUGGAUGAGGAAUAUUUGGAAGCAGAGGCGAAGGAUAGUGAGUCAGCUGGGGCAGUUGAAACUAGGUCAGCAAAUCAGGGUGACGAUGGAUUAGGGGCAGAGCCUGGUGAUGUUGACGAGGCUGAUGUGGAAGGAGAGUCGGAGGACAGUGAGUCUUCUGGGGCUGUUGAUAGUAUGUCUCCUCCAAAUGAAGAUGAUGUGGAGGAAGAGAAUGUUGUGGAGGAAGAGGUGGAUGGCAGUGGGUUAUAUGAGCCAGAGGAUGAGGAUGCUGUGGUUGAAGAGGCGGAUGGCAGUGAGUUCUCUGAGCAAGAGGAAGAGGCGGAGUGUAGUGAGUCCUCUGAUAGAAAAGAUGAUGAUGCUGUGGAGGAAGAGGGUGAUGGUAGUGAGUCCUCCGAGCCUUCUGACGUGGUCAUACCACUUAAGGAAGGUGAUGGGAUUCCUAGACAGUGGGUUGUUGAAGGAGUGAAAGGUUAUCGUGGUGCUAUACUUUACUGGGCUACGACUAGUAACUUAUUCUACGUAACAGAUGAGGAGGGUUCGACAGGUCAUAAUAACUAUGGUGGUGGUUUGGUUAUAACUGAGGAGGGAUGUUCGAAAGUCUCUGGGGGAGAGGUUUCUGAGAGUGGUACUGUGGCCAAAAAAAUGAGUGGGGAGGAUGUUGGUGGACUAGACAAGCUGAUAGGGGCGAUAGUGAAGGAACUUGUUGAAUCAUUUGGAGAUGGAGAGAAGGAAGCAGAUGUUGGGGGAUGCAUCAAGUCGCAACUGGGGGAUCAAGUUGUAGAUAAGGACUUUCAGUGCGAAAGUGUUGCUGUAUCAGAGGGUGGCGUUGCUGCGAUUGCAGAACGUGGUGAAGAGGAUCCGCACGAUGAGGGGGCACAGGUUUUCGACGCUGAUGUGGGUGCGAAUGAGAGCGUUACAUGUCUGAGCGACUCGUCACCAUGUGAACGUAGUGAGAAGCAUAAGCCAGAAGAGUUGGAAGGGAAUAGAAUGGGAAUGGCUGAUCGGUCAUUUCGAAGCUGA